CUCCCUCACGUGUAGGGCUUCUGUGUUUUCUGGUUUAGUAGUCUAUUUUAGUUCCGUCUUCAUCUUCCGAGUCCACUAUCUUCUUCUUCUUCUUCGAUCGAGCUGAUUAUUUAGUUGAAGUAGAUAACAAUGGCUUGGCGCAGUGCAGGAUCUGCUGCUCGCUCUUUCGUUUCCGCUACCGCUAGAGCUCCGUCUCUCCGAUCUCCGCCGGCAACGCUUCCGCGCCUCCGUCCUUCCCAAUCCUCUUUGCCCCGCCGCCGAUUUGCCUCCUUCACAAAUCCCAGGAAUUUGGGAGAGCUCGGAUGCACAGCCUCUUUGUUGCCUCUGCACAAUGUCGUGGCUUCAGCUCGACUCACUUCUCACCUGAAUGUUAAUGUGCGAGCUUUCUGCGAACUCCCUAACGGGAAUGGAAAAGAUGGGUGAUGGAAGUGGAUUUUCAGUCGCUGUCAAGAGAGGUGCUACUGCUUUGUACUUGAAUGCCGAAGUGUGUGCAUCAAUCAUCUUGAAACAGAUGGAGACUUUAAAAAAGGGGUGCCCUAAGAAGAACUCAUUGGUCGUGUUGUGUUGUGUUCCAUCUGGAACCAAAAACUUACAUACAUUAUUUGGUCUUUCUUCACUUUUGACAAUUUCCAGUUCCAUAAUAUCUGGAGUUCUCUUCAUAUUUCUUGUUUUUAAGCCCAAUGGCUUUUAACACUUCAGUGUAGGCUCGGUUUAUAUUUCAGUAUAAUUUUCAAUAACCAUCUUGUACCUGAUGUUAGUAACUUUCUCAGGGUUAUUAUUUACUGUAAGGAAAAUACGUAAAAGAAAAGUUUCUUUACAAUAUAAUUCCGGAGAGU